AUGAGUCAAAUACUUAAUAGAAUUCGAGAAGUGGAUGCAAACAACAGUGAGGCUGUUAAGGAGUGCGUUACACUAUUUUUCCAAAAUCUAUUGAAGCAAUCUGACUCUAACAGAUGGCUCAGUGCAUUGGAUGACGUGAUUUGCCGGUUUCCAAAAUACUGCAUAUCCCAUCGCUCAACAGCAGAGACAUAUAUUGUCAGCUUACUUGACACUAAUAAUUACUACAAUGCUAUACAAGCAGCUAAAUGUGCACAUUCCUUACAACAGGUGAGACCAUCACAGGAAAAGGCAGCAACUCCAAAGUCAUCAUGGAGAAAUCUUAUGAGUCUCUUAUGCUCUGUGGCUCACAAUUUGCUUAAUAAGCUAUUUCCUAAAACUUUCAAGACACAUAGAAAUGAUUUAAAGAAUCAAAUUAAAGAAUUACCUAAUACACCAUUGACAGAAGCAUUAAAGAAAUUAGGAAAUGUGUCAGAAAAAGAGAGUAGCAAAAAGAAAAUAUUGUUUACAAGACUGAAAAAUGUUUUUACCUUUAUUCAAGCAAUGCUGGUUGAACCUUACCCAGUGGCAAAACCAAUUCAACCGCAAGUGAUAUUGGAUAUCAUAGUUCACACUUUGAGUAUCGCUCAGUCUGCAAAGGAUUCAAUUGCAGAUAUUGUUCAAAUAAAAAUCGAUGCUUUAAGGACUUUAGAUGCUCUUGUUCUGUGCCUAGGACCGCAUCUUAUCCCUUACUCUCCAUUAGUAUUCAGGCUUGUGAUGCAAACACUGAGAUGGACGUCUGAAAACCCAUGUGAUGAGACUAGAUCCGUUCGUUGCGGUGCCUAUAACAGUCUUCGGCAAUGGCUGACAAUGUUGCAUGCUCAUAAAAUGGCAGACAACAGAGCAUCAUUAGAAGACGAAUUGACAACACAUAUUAUUAACGACAUCACACCGCCGAAGAAAGUAGUUCAGCUAACUAUGGGCCCACAACCCACUAAGAACAUGAGCAAGAAGGCUAAAAGAAAGUUAGCAACCACACAACUGCAGGAGAGUUCUCUCGCCAUACACAUGCCAGGGGAUCAAAACAAAAAUAAUAAGUGUGAAGAGAGUGUCGAAUUGGCAAUAGCUGCAUUGGAAUGUGCCGAAACUGUCUUCAUUGUUUGCGGUAUUUUUAUGAAGCCUACAACACAUAAGAUUUUCCAAGAGUGUCUAGUCCGCGAAUGCUUCAAUCUCACCUCAUAUACUGACCAGCAAGCAGCUUUGUUACUACGCGUACUGGAAGCCUGCAGGAAGACCACCCCAAACACUGUACCUCCGCCAACACAGUACUGUCUGCAUUUGUACAGUACUCUCGUCAAUUCUACAAAGCCAGAGAUAUCUACAUUUUGUUUGAGAGCUUUACUUGACAUAAGGCUACAUCUACAUUGCUCCCCACCGUCACUAAACUUUGCCCUACAAGUGCCACAAGAGACUAUUAAGGAUAAACCCAAGAAAGUGUCUGAGAGAAAUCGAGAAGUUUUGGAGUCACUAAUAGGAAAAAACAAAUUACCUCCAGAUAAUAUAGAAGACAUUAUAACAUUAGACGACGAACCAGCUUACAAGAAGUCUAGAUUGAGUGAAGACGCAGAUAAAAUUAGUCUAAGCAGUGAAAACAUGAGUUCAGUUGAAAUAAGUGAUGAUUCAGAUUCUGAAGAUGUACAAGAAAUAAAUGUUGAUAAUAAAUCUACCGAAAUGGUCGCUAACAAACCUAUUGACAAUACUGAAGAGAUAACACAAAACAAAAAAUCUCUAGAUGUAGACUCCAAUAAAGAAAUAAGUGUAGUGACAGGGGUAGAAAGUCUUGAAGACGAAUUAGAUAAAGUUACUUCACCUACUAAAGCAGUAGAUGAUAUUAAUGGUGCAAUAACACAAGUACCAGCAAUUCAUAAGGCGGAUAAAGAAAUCCACGAAGCGUCAACACAAGUGCCAUUAAAUGAGUCCAAUGAUACACUAGAUGGAGAAGAUGGUCCAUCCUUCGAAAUAGAUUACGAUAAUCCUAAAUCAGGAGAUAUGGUAAUUUCAGUGUUGGAGAAAAUAGAUGAUGUGAAUCUCCCCAGCACCAAUGAAACAGAUGAUAUUCAAAUUACUUGCGGGCAAGUACUACCAAGUUCUGGGGACGAAGCUCAAAGGAAGUGUGGUGAAACAGAACUUCCAAAAGUCAAUGGUUUGAUUGCAGUAGAAGAUAAUAUACAGAAUAUUAACGUUGAAGUCAGUGUAUCACAGUGCGAUUCCUCUACAGAAAUACACAAAACAGAUUUGUCAGUGGAAGAGAUGAUGGCCGAUUUUGUGGAUGAAGUUCAGGAUGACGCCUGA